CCCUUCUGCCUCUCUCCAAAGCCGUUGUUACUGUGCGGCUCCUGCACAUCAUUCCACAGCGUUAGAAAUUAAAUGAAGGUGGCUUAACGCAGCUAACAUAGGCAUGCUUUGAAGGAUGUAACCAGGGGGAAGCUGCACUGCCAGAUCCUUUUCUAUGGGCUGUGGAUUUGUGCUACUGAGGCGCGGACACAGCAAUCACUCAGCCAUGCAGAGGCUCAGACAACAGGACUAAUCUCUCCACCUGACUUGUGGAAGCUCCACUUUUUUUCCCCCUGAAUUAUCUAUUCCCUGUUGCCUAAUACAGUGUGCGACAAUGGAAUCGGAGUGAAGGAAAAUUUGUGUAGCUUUGCCUGCAGUCUGCAGCACACAUGGAUGUGUUCAGCUUUGUAAAGAUGCCGAAGCUGUCAGGCCACAGGACAAAAUCCUCUGGUUGGCCACCCCCGUCAGGGACCUGGAGUUCUUCUCAGGGACCGCCAAAUGGAUGGGACAUGGGGACCAGCAGAGAGGGGCGUGACUUCUACAUCAACCAACUAUCCCAGAGCAACUCCCUGGAGGAAGUUCGCCUGGACGGAGACAGGUUUGUCCCACCGGCGCCCCGGAAAGUGGACAUGCGGCGGGACCCCGUGCUUGGCUUUGGAUUUGUUGCAGGCAGUGAAAAACCUGUGGUGGUGCGCUCAGUCACGCCAGGGGGUCCGUCAGAAGGCAAGUUGAUCCCAGGAGACGAAAUCAUCAUGAUUAAUGAUGAGCAAGUCAGUUCAGCACCCAGGGAGAGGGUUAUCGACCUCGUCAGGAGCUGCAAGGAGUCCAUUUUGCUGACCGUUGUUCAGCCAUACCCAUCACCCAAGUCGGCAUUCAUCAGCGCAGCUAAAAAGGCCAAGCUAAAGACUAAUCCUGUUAAGGUUCGCUUCGCUGAAGAGGUCAUCAUCAAUGGACAGGUUCCAGAAACAGUGAAGGACAAUUCUCUUCUUUUUAUGCCAAACGUCCUGAAAGUAUACCUGGAGAACGGACAAACUAAAUCAUUUAAAUUUGACAGCACAACAUCCAUUAAGGAUGUCAUCUUGACCCUGCAAGAAAAGCUAUCCAUUAAGAGCAUUGAGCAUUUCUCUCUGAUGCUGGAGCAGAGGUCUGAGGGAUCUGCCAGCAAACUCAUGCUUCUGCAUGAGCAGGAGAUGCUAACUCAGGUGACGCAGAGACCUGGGUCCCACAAGAUGAAGUGCUUUUUUCGCAUCACCUUUGUCCCAAAGGACCCCGUGGACCUGCUGAGGAGAGAUGCAGUAGCAUUUGAGUAUCUCUACGUUCAGAGCUGCAAUGACGUGGUCCUGGAGAGAUUUGGGUCUGAGCUGAAAUACGACAUGGCCCUCCGCCUGGCUGCUCUGCAGAUGUACAUUCUAACCAUCAAUACCAAGCAGACCCAGAAGGUUUCCCUGAAGUACAUCGAGAAAGAGUGGGGUUUGGCUUUGUUUCUGCCUCCUGCUGUGCUGUCUAGCAUGAAAGAGAAAAAUAUCAAAAAGGCACUUACCCACAUUCUCAAAACCAACCAAAAUCUUGUCCCACCUGGUAAAAAGCUGACUGCCUUGCAGGCAAAGGUCCAUUACCUGAAGUAUCUCAGUGACUUGAGGCUUUAUGGAGGACGUGUCUUUAAAUCCACACUAGUUCAAGGCGAAAAGCACACAGAAGUGACUUUGCUGGUGGGGCCCAAAUAUGGCAUCAGUCAUGUUAUAAACACUAAAACAAACUUGGUGGCACUUCUUGCUGAUUUCAGCCAUGUCAACCGGAUUGAAAUGUAUACAGAAGAUGACAGCAGGGUUAGAGUGGAACUGCACGUUCUGGAUGUUAAGCCCAUAACUCUUCUAAUGGAGACUGUUGAUGCAAUGAAUCUGGCCUGUUUAACAGCCGGCUACUACAGGUUACUGGUGGACUCUCGGCGCUCAAUCUUCAAUGUGGCCAAAAAUACAAACAGCCAUGCAGCAAAAGUGAAGCAAAACUAUCAGGCCAUUGAGUGUACGUACAGCGUGCCCCAUAAAGGGUGUGAAGACAGAAACAAUCAGAGGUUCAGCCAAGAUUAUUCCGACCAGGAAUGUGAAUACCUCGACCACAGCAGGUGUGAAGGCCAACCCAUGUACAUAACGGAGAUCCACCACCCCCAGCACUCUGUUCACUCGAUGGAGAGGGCACAAUGCUGCGGUGUGCCCUGCUCCCAAACUUAUCUCAACAUCCCCAGACCUAAACCGCAGGAAUCUUCCAGGAAUGCAAAGGUCUCUUUCAUAUUUGGGGAUCCUCCCUUGGACAGUGUGAAUCCCCAAAAUUUGGGUUACCAGAGACUGAUGGAUGAAGGCCCAGAGCUUGCAGACAAUCACAGCCCGAUGUACAGGCGCCUCGAGGAGGACUAUAAGAUGAUGGAUGCUAUAGAGGAAGGGUAUCAGUACUCCACCAAAAUUUUUGGUCCUACUGAGUGCAUUGAGGAGCCACUGCUGCAUGAUAUUUGCUAUGCAGAGACGACAGAUGAUGCAGAGGAUGACGAUGACGUAAGCUGUGAGGAAGACAUGGUAGUGAGUGACAUUGACAAGCCGACAUUGCUCUCGCUCUCAGGUUCCAGCGACGACAUUAUCGACUUGACCUCACUACCCCCACCUCCGGAAGCCAACGACGACGAGGACAACGACGUGCUUCUGCACUCCCUUAACAUGGCCAUUGCUGCUCCGCCUCCCGGUUUUAGGGACAGCUCUGAUGAAGAUGAGCAGCAGGGAGCCCGAGCUCAAGCCAAGGAGGGCUGCAACGAUAUCCCAGUGUCUCUAAUAGAUUCAGUGCCCACCCAUGGAGCAGAGGCCCCCGGGCAGCCUCUGGACAAUGCAGUGGUGUCAACCUUGCAGGCACUAGAGGCCCUCGCUGCUUCGGAGGAGCAGAGUCCAGCGCAGUCAGAGAGCAGCAGAGGUGUAGAAAUAUCACGUGCAUUUAGUCCAGAUUCGUCAGAUUCUGGCAAUGAGACAAACUCCUCUGAGAUGACGGAGAGCUCCGAGCUGGCAUCUGCUCAGAGGCAUUCAGAGAACCACCUGAGAAUCCAUGUUGCAGAGGGAUACCAUGCCUGUGAGGAAAAGACAACCGGGAGCACGGCAGAUGACCAUCGUCAGGAGGAGACUAAAUCCUCUGCUGUCGGCUCCUCGCAGAUAUUUCCCUCUGAUGGCGGUGAGAUGGAGCCAGAAACGAUGGAAAUAAAGUCUGUCAGUGAGUUCCUCACUAAGAUGCACAUGGGCUCAGUAACGAGCAGGCAGAAAGGAAAACAAAGGGAGACAGAGAGCAGAAUCCAAGGAGAUGUGUGCAGUUCCUCAGAUAAAUCUCUCAAGUCUUCUCAAGAUUCAGUUAAAGAGGAACCCCCUCACCUUGUAGGGAGGUACAACACCUUUACGGUGAGGGAUUCUUUCUAUGUGAACCAGCUUGAUCUGGGACGAAUUCACUGUAAGGACAGACAGCAAAAAUGGCAGCAGAGAGCACCAGGAAACAAAAUGGCAGAGAAUCUUGCUCCAGAAUGUGUGAAUGACUCACAGGCUUCCCACGCAAACAGACUCACGGCAAAGGGAGAGAAACAAGACUUAGAUGAAAGAAGUCAACAGUUAAAUGCCCAUUUCCUCAGCACAACCAAAAGGCCCAUCCCUGCAGAGACUGAUGCCACUUUACAGGAUAAUGAGCAGAAGCAGAUAAAGCAUUCGCAGGCAGAGCAAGAUCCAACACGGUUGUAUGAAUACCAUGUAAACAAGCGCAUGUCAUCUAUCCAAGGUGAGGGAGUUCAUGUUCUCCAAAGCUCGCAGUGCUCUUCUAUAGAUGCUGGGUGCAGCACUGGCAGCAGCAGUAGUGUCACCCCUAUGGAUUCCCCACUUUGCACAACAGACAACUUGCAUGUACUCUCAGAGUCCUCCCUUAAGGGACUGAAUUACAUCGCUGCUGAUGAAAAGGCGUACGGUCCCGCCAUGCAGGGUAAAUCUGGGCACCAAAUGGACCCCACUUUGCUGCGGAAGAUCCAUGCAGCCACAAGUGCUGAGCCUGGGCAUAGCAGCACAAGAGACAGCAGUCACAGAGUGCCCAAGAUAAAAGAAACCACAGCUUGCACACAGCUGAAGAAGGCUGGGAAAGAGUCAUCUUUAGCCAUCUGUAACAAGACCAGUACCAGCACCACAAACAUGUCACCUUUCUCAUUACAACGUAGCACAGAAGCCUGCGGGCUAACACUGGUCAGUCCUGAGUCCGACCCUCACGCCCUGGCUUCCCACUCAAGCGGAUCUUCAGACGACCCGACGACAGGUAACCUCAGGAAGCCACACAAGGUGCGUAUGGUCAGGAGGAGCUGGAGCACCCUCAUGCCAGGUUCCCGGAGUUUAGAAGCACUGAUAGAGAAGACCAAAGCCACACUUACGGGGAAGAAUGAGGAUCUGAAUUUGCAGUCACAAGAUCUUCAGAAAAUGCAACGGGUAUUUUCAGCCAAAACCCUACCCAAGAGUGUGUCCCAGGGUUCAGUUGCCUCUGAUUCACCUGGUGGGUCAACAGGAGCCUCAGUGUUGCUACAGGAGACAACAGCGCACAGGCUGGAUGUGGGAACGUGGAAGUGCCGAGGGCCAUUCAGUCACUGCUUCCUCAGGAGAAAGCCAAACACUCAAGGUGGCCAUAAAGACAGAGAUAUGCCUUCACAUGCUCCGGUCUUUGAAAGCUCAGUUUCAGUCAGGGGAAAGGAAAAUCCUGACUGUAAAUCUGAAAAGAGCAACAUGACCGUGCAUAUGGAUAACAUGAGCCUUGAAGAAAGGCUAGCUCAUAUACACUCCAUGAAGGGAAAAACCUAUAGUCUUCAUACAGGGUUUGCAAUUGCACGAAAGGAUGCCUUAGAGAUGAUGGGGGUGUUUCACUACAGUGAGAACAAAAAAUCCACAUGUGAUGUUCCAGAGGCGGCUGACACAGAAACAUGUUCCCAACUGCUUUUUGCACAGGCCAAAGUACUGAGUGGAGCUUGCAGUAGAAUGGCCACAGAGUACAGCAGCCCGGAGGAGCUGCUACUCACACUGACGCACAGCUUCCACUCACUCUGCUGCUUAAUGCAAGCUUGCAUGUCACUCAUGGAAAGCCUAAACACUGAAAGCGAAAGGCAAGAGGUGGUAGCCAAAGUGGACGAGGUCAUCGUGAACUACGCGUGUCUGUUAAAAGCAGCCGAGGUGGCUGCAGCAGGUUCCCCCAGUGACCAAACUGUGAAUGCAUUGACACAUUACUCUGCUACCAUGUCUGUCGUUGUAAACACACUGUCUCACUCACUUGAAACAUUGCUCAACAGCAAACUGUUAUUUUGAUUUCAAAGCCAUACAUUUGAAACAUGGGUUUAACGACCAAUGUGAACUGCUGUGAAGACAAAAAAACCUUGCCUUGUGAAUACAGUAUUUUAUUAUGUAAAGGAAAUAUAAAAAAAUAUAUAUGAAUUGAAGUUUUGAUAGAUUAUAUAAAGGCCUCUAUCAAAAUCACCUCUUGGAUAAAUUAUCAAAUACCAACAAUUAUUUUAUCAUUCAUUCGUUAUUUAGAAAGCUUAUAAGAGCCUUGUUUAUAAAUUGUAAAAAUUAUACAUAUAUAUAUAUAUACAUACUGUAUAUAUACGGUAUAUAUAUAUAUAACUUCACAGUGCUACGUUGUAUAUAUAUAUAUAUAUAUAUGAUGUUGGCCAAAUAUAUAUGCUAUAUGAAGCUCUAGACAAAUAAUUUUCACAAGUUGUUAUUAAAAUAUGGCAAUGCAUAAAUUUCUUUUUUUCAUUUUCUAAGUCACUUAAUUUAAUGAAAACUUUCCACAUGAAUACUGAAUACUUUACUGUUAUUUUUGUCACCACCAAUAAAGAUUUAAAUAAAAUCCCAAAAAUGUUACA